GUGCUGCUACGAAAUUAUAAAAUUUACUAGAUUAAUAAAGCAAGACUGUUUACCUCAGAUAAAGACCCGAUUUCAUAGCUGUCCCUGGUCUCCCAUAAACUUAACUAACGAGUUACGAUUUAAUGUCGUAAUUACGUUUGUAGUGGGGAAUAAACCGACAAUAAAUGCAAGCGGCGGUAACGAGUAAGGUGAUUGCGGAAACGCAACUGUAUGGCGUUCCGUUCCGGUCAUAAUUAUAUGAAGUUGAUCAAACGAAAAACAAUCGCUCAUAAAUAUGUCGAACUUUCAAAGUUGAAGUUCAAACGUUAAAAACUAAAACAAAAUGCCCAAUGUCAAUAGCAAACAUCAAUGCAUACAGUCGAACCGCUCAAAAAUAAAUCGAAGUGCAAAAAUAUAAGUCGAAGGGAAACGGAAGUCACUGAGAUAUUAGCGGAUAUGGUCUAUGGUCAUACAAAACCAUUCAAAACCUACUUAAUAAGAUAUAACUAUGACUCAUAUCAAAAAUGGCGGACAACUUAAAUGAAAUAGUUAGGCGUGUUGUGUCGUCUCUUCAAAAUUUACCGGACACUGCUUCCAGCAAUACCCCAAGCAGAAGCGAUGAUAGUACUAGUAGCAGGUCCUUUGGCUCAGUUGAAGAAGAAAUCGGCCAAAGAUUCCAAAUUCCUCGUGUGUCGUCGGGAAUUGCUAAUAGGAUUCAUAGUUCCAGAAGAAGUGAAAGAGGUCGGUUUAUCCCUUACACUACAAAACAAAAAGGGAAAUACAAAGCCAAACCUGCUGCAGAGUUGGUUAUAAAAGACGUGUGUCUACUACCUAAUCCAGAUUGGGAUCAAGUCCCUCGGCGACAAGUAAAGGAAGACCUCGUGAAAAGAAGUUUAUUUGUUGACGCAUGCAGUCUUGAUAAAUCGUGGUCAGAAGAUCAAUUACGAGCGGAAUUACAGGAUGAUGACAUUGUUGAAUUGAGUGAUAAUGUGGAUAAUUUUGUCAGAAGUAGUGAUAUAAGAUCGUAUGUAUCACGCAAUUUGGAGUCCAAUCAAAGGCAAAGCAGUGAGCAAUAUGUUACUGUUAUUCCAACUACCACUCCAUCGCUCCCAAUUGCUUGUGAGACAGGUGAAACUUCCGAUGGCAUAAGAAGUUCUUUAAAUCUCUGUAGCAUUGAAAAGCAGAAACUAGAUGAAAUGUUCCCAAAUUGUCCUGCUGAAGUGUUUGCACAAGCUGUAAAUUGUACAACACUUGAUCUGGCUGUGGACUAUGUUAUAAGUCAUAUACCUACCAAGUCAGAUGAACAACAAUUUGAUGGCUCUAAAAUUGAGGAGGAUGCAUGUUUAAAAGACCUAUUAUACUCUCUACAACCCAUCCUUGGGACUCCUACAUGCUUGACAGUCAGCAGAUCAUCAAUUUUUGCUGAUAGUGUGUCAUUUUUCAAACACAGACAUUUUGAUUUUAAGAAACCAUUGAAGGUCACAUUUGAAGACGAAUCAGCAAUUGAUGGUGGUGGCCCUAAACGAGAGUUCUUCACUUUACUGUUGCGUGAACUCCUUUCUCCAUCAGCUACUACUCGUCUUUUUGAAGGAAGAGAUGGAAUUUUUUUACCAAUGCACAAUACAGAUGCUCUUAGAUCAAAUCUGUAUAAGGUGGCUGGAUAGAUUAUUGCAGCAUCAAUAGUUCAUGGUGGUCCUGGUUUUCCAUAUUUUCCAAAGGUUUUGUAUGCAUAUUUCCUCAACCCUCAGCCUAAUGACGUGGUGGAUCACCUCCGUCCAGAGGAUGUUGUUGAUGCUGAAUAUGAAGAUGUCUUGAAAAAGCUAGAUGCUUUUGAUGAAGAAAACAACGAAACCUUGGCUUCUGAAAUUCAACCUUUGUUAGUUGAGUCAGGUUUUCCUCAUCCCGUCAAUAUUGAUAAUCGUUUUCAAGCUAUUAUGUCCUUGUGUCUGCAUGGAGUCAUCUUAUCCAGGAAGGCUGAAAUUGAUCAAUUGAUGAUCGGCUUAUGCCCACUUCUUGACGUAAUCAGAAGACAUCCAGACAAGAUGGAAACCUUAUUUGUGGCUGGUACUUGCCCACCUUUGACACUCCAUGAUUUUUAUCUGUUGUUCAGUUUGAUAAUGUUGAGAUUCGCAUCAAACAGUUUUUCACUUGGUAUCUUUCAUCACAAAGUUCUAGAAUUCCUAGUGUUUUGAUGUUUUCAACUGGUUGCAAAUCCUUACCUCCAAUGGGUUUUCAUCCAUCGAGUAUAACUAUUCUUCAAAAUACAUUCAUUUACCCCAAUGCUAACACAUGUCCAUUGGAAUUGGAAUUACCUGGUGAGGUAAAAAACUAUGAAGAGUUUGAAAGAAAUAUGGACUCAGCCUUGAAUUUCCAAGAAGAAGGUUUUGGAAUUGUAUAGAGGGUAUAUAAAACAGAACUAAGUUUUGUUAGAUUUGAAACUGUUUGUAUGUUGACUUUUACACUAUUAGUGCUGAACUUAAAAGUUACUAUAUCUAUUGCAUUUUAAAUGCUUCUUAACAAAGUCUUGUAUUGGA